AUUUAGUCGGGAGUAAUUAGUUUCCUAGGCCACAUCAAGCCACUCGACUUGACUCGAUCUAUUUUGUUGCAAGUUAAAUCAAAAUUUGCCAGCAAUCUGCCAUGCUGAACCUUAAACUUGGAGUGCUUCUGGGAAGCCUUCUCUUGGUGGCUUCUUUCGCUCCUUCGGCGAGUGUUGGCGACUACGAGGAGCUGUGCCGUCUUUUCAAGAACGGCACCAGGAUUCGUAAGCCCGGCACCUGCGACCAGUACAUCCAGUGCUACGAUGGCGACGGCACCCUGCUGACUUGCCCCUCCAACCAGCUCUUCAGUCCCAGCGAGGACAAGUGCGUGGGCACGAUGGCCAAUAGCAACAAGUACUGCGGCAAUCGCUGCGAGGGAUUGGAUGGCGAAUGGGUGGCCGAUCCGACCGAGUGUCGCAAGUACUUCUACUGCAUGAACGGCGUACCGCUGGCGGGGAUGUGCCCCGCGGGCCAGCACUUCGAUGAGAGCUCUCAGGCCUGCCUAUAUGGCGUGGACUCCAUAUGCGUGGAUGUGAACAACAUUUGUGAACUGGUGGCGGAAAAAACCAAGUUCCGGAACGAGAAGGACUGCAGCUACUACUAUGAGUGUGACAAGAACGGGAAGCAUGCGUCCAAGAGCUGUAGCACAAGCAAGAAGCGCGAAUAUUUCGAUGUGGAAAGCGGCAACUGCGUGGCCCCCAACAAGGUGGAGUGCUCCGCCCACUCGAAGGAGGGCGUCUGCUCCAGCAGCAACGUAGUGAAAUAUGUAUCGGACGAGGCCACCUGCCGUGGCUAUUUCGUCUGCAAGCCCCUCCAUCCUGUAGCCGACCUGGAUCCCCUGUGGAUGCAGUGCCCCGAGGGCUACUUCUUCGACCAGGAUAGGCAGCUCUGCGGCACGGCCACCUCGGUGGUGUGCACCCAGAACAGAUGCGACGGACGCGGCACGAUGCUGGUGACUAGCAGCAACAACGACUGCCACAACUACAUCCGAUGUGUGGACAACAAGGAGGUGACGGAGGAGACCUGCCACCUGGACCACUUCUUCGACGAGAGGGUGGAGGCCUGCUCCUCCGAGAUCAUCUACGACAAGUGCUGCGAUGGUCGGGACAAAACAAAAAAUAAAUUUGACUAAAACUGCAAA